AUGAGCUUCACAUUCGGCCAGCAAGGCAACAACAACAACAGCGGCGGUAGCAGCACACCGAACAAGUCGCUGUUUGGUGCUGCGCCUUCCACUGGUAGUGCGACGCCAUCUCUCUUUGGAACUGCAAACAACAACACGUCCAGCACACCGGCCAGCGGCGGUCUGUUUGGUUCUGCUGGUGGUAACACAGGCAGCUCAGGCGGUCUUUUCGGCGGCGCAUCGAGCACACCUGCGUCCAAACCAGGCGGUCUUUUCGGCGGAGGCUCAGCUACACCUGCUGCGUCCUCGACACCAGCUUUCGGCGGCGGCUUUGGUUUCGGAAAGAAGGAGGGAGAUGCGCCAAAACCAGCUGGAGGCCUAUUUGGUGGAGCUUCUACUGGCGGACCGGCAACGUCUUCUGCGCCCUCGUUCGGAUUCGGUAACGCAGGUGGCUCGACACCAACAGCUACACCCGCAGUGAACAAGACGUCGUUCCUUCCUUCCACUACCCCAGCCGGCGCCCCUCCAGGUCCAAGCCUGUUUGGGCAGAAUAACCAGGCCAGCGGAGGCACAUCCUCUUUGUUUGGCGGCGCAAAGCCAGCGGCAGCCACAUCGUCUUCCACACCAAGUCUAUUCGGCGCUACUGCUGGCCAACCUGCUGCUAAACCCUCAGGAGGCUUCAGCAUAGGAGGAAACACGGGGGCCUCAACCGAUACGAACAAGCCCGCUGCUCCCGCAAGCAACCUUUUCGGAGGCGGAAACCAGUCAACCCCUACUUCACAAGACGCGCAGGCUUCUAAACCUGCAGGCGGCCUCUUUGGUGGGCUGGGCAGCACAACUCCCUCCUCGACACCCGCGAAGCCCUUGGGAGGAUUUAGUGUGGGUGCUACACCCGCACAGCCAGCUUCCUCCCAGCCUUCGUCUACUCCGGCCUCUGGCUUGAGCCUAGGUGGAAACAACGCUGCGUCAUCUGCUUCUGCAACACCUAGCCUGUUCUCACCUGGAGGAGCUUCCACACCGGCAUCUACAGGUGGUGGCUUCAGCUUUGCCAAACCUGCUGCUCCUGCCAGCACGGCUGCGACUACUGGAGCUACAACCACUGCCACAAGUGGUGCACCCACGACAACCGCAUCAUCGGGCACAUCCUUGUUCCCAAGCAUAGGAGGUGGAUUGGGAGCCGGGAAUACUCCGUCCUCUGCUCCUGGGACUGCUGCUACUACCACCUCUGGUACCACCUCUGGUACCACCCCCAGCUUAUUUAGCAAGCCCGCAGGAAGCGAAGCACCAGCGGCGUCUUCCAACACCACUUCACAGCCAGCCCAUUCCCUUGGAGCAACUAGCGGAAACAAUGCAGUUCAGAGCGGGCUUGCUGCGUCGACUGCCGGGCCCGCACCGUCAGCGCAGUCACGGCUGAAGAACAAAUCCAUGGACGAGAUCAUCACACGCUGGGCCGCCGACCUCUCCAAGUACCAGAAGGAAUUUCAAUCGCAGGCUGAGACGGUCGCAUCAUGGGACAGGGCUCUGGUCGAGAACUCGGACAAAGUCCGCCAACUGUACUCGAAGACUUUCCAAGCCGAGCGCGACGCCGCUGAGGUCGAGAGACAGCUGACCAUGAUGGAAGAGAACCAACAGGAGCUCGACUCAUAUCUAGAUCGCUAUGAGAAGGAGAUUGACAACCUCAUGAAGAUGCACGGUGUCAGUGGCAAGAACGAGACCCUACGCGGCCCAGACCAAGAGCGCGAGAGGACUUACAAGCUUGCCGAGAAGCUCCAAGACCGCCUCAACGAGCUCAACAAGGACCUCACUGAGAUGAUUGAGGAAAUUAACAAUACCUCUCAGACGCUCAGCAAGACGGGCAAGCCAGACGAUCCUCUCACCAAGGUCGUCCGUGUUCUCAACACUCAGCUUGCGCAGCUUCAGCUCAUCGAUUCUGGUGCUUCGCAGCUUCAGGAGAAGAUUACCAAGGCACAGAGGGAGACGCAGCGUGUCGGUGCUAAUGGCUGGAAUGGACUUGGUUCGGAUCCUUCAGCCGAUUUCAUGAACAGCAUGCGUGGGGCAAGAGCAUCGCAGAGAUUUUAA